GCCAGGCAGCAUGGCGGCCGUGGAGACGCGGGUGUGCGAGACGGACGGCUGCAGCCGCGAGGCCAAGCUGCAGUGCCCCACCUGCCUCAAGCUGGGCAUCCAGGGCUCCUACUUCUGCUCUCAGGAAUGUUUUAAAGGAAGUUGGGCGACUCACAAGUUACUACAUAAGAAAGCAAAAGAUGAAAAAGCAAAACGGGAAGUCUCUUCCUGGACUGUAGAAGGUGAUAUUAACACGGAUCCUUGGGCAGGCUAUCGAUACACUGGUAAACUCAGACCACAUUAUCCACUGAUGCCAGCCAGACCAGUGCCGAGUUAUAUUCAAAGACCAGACUAUGCAGACCACCCUCUAGGAAUGUCUGAAUCUGAACAGGCUCUUAAAGGUACUUCUCAGAUUAAAUUACUCUCCUCUGAAGAUAUAGAAGGGAUGAGACUUGUAUGUAGGCUUGCUAGAGAAGUCCUGGACAUUGCUGCUGGGAUGAUUAAACCUGGAAUCACUACUGAAGAACUAGAUCAUGCUGUGCACUUAGCGUGCAUUGCACGAAAUUGCUAUCCUUCUCCCCUGAAUUACUAUAAUUUCCCGAAGUCUUGUUGCACUUCAGUGAAUGAAGUUAUCUGCCAUGGAAUCCCAGACAGACGACCCUUACAAGAAGGUGACAUUGUGAAUGUGGACAUCACUCUUUAUCGCAAUGGUUAUCAUGGGGACCUGAAUGAGACUUUCUUUGUUGGUGAUGUGGAUGAAGGAGCACGAAGACUGAUUCAGACCACCUAUGAGUGCCUGAUGCAGGCCAUUGAUGCAGUGAAGCCUGGUGUUCGAUACAGGGAACUAGGAAACAUUAUUCAGAAGCAUGCUCAAGCAAACGGGUUUUCGGUUGUUCGAAGUUACUGUGGGCAUGGAAUCCACAAGCUUUUUCAUACAGCUCCCAAUGUACCACACUAUGCCAAAAAUAAAGCCGUUGGAGUAAUGAAGGCAGGUCACGUGUUUACAAUUGAGCCAAUGAUUUGUGAAGGCGGGUGGCAGGACGAGACCUGGCCGGAUGGCUGGACAGCGGUGACAAGGGAUGGGAAGCGGUCCGCUCAGUUCGAGCACACCCUGCUGGUCACGGACACUGGCUGUGAGAUCCUAACUCGGCGACUUGACAACUCUCAGCCUCACUUCAUGGCCCAGUUUUAACUCUUCCUGAAUCGUCAUGUCUCCGUGAUGCCUUCUGCUGUCCCGUGCAUUUCACUAAGAGUGCAGUGUGAACGAGGACAUUCUUAUGACUUGUUUUGUUUUGAUUAUAGAUAAGGAAGGCCUGCAACUUGUGUAUGUGUAUUCAAGAACUUGUCUUGAGUCUGAACAAGCCGAGAAGAAUCAAGGAAACAUUUCUCAACUCCUUCAAUGCUCCCUUCUCCCCAGAUCUCUGCAUCCUGUUUUCGCUGUAGAGCACUUCUGUGUUAAUCUACUUCUGGUUGCUUUUAUCACUGCCACUGUCAGACUUCAGACCCAGUAACUUUCCAGGUGAAUGCUGAAGAAGAGAAUCUUUGAAAUUUAGCAACAUAUGUUGCUCCAGAUAUUUUUGCUAUUUUAUACAUACAAAA